CCCAGGCGCUUCAGCGCCUGCUCAGUCGGGCCGCGGCGCGCGUGGUGGCGAAGGCUGCCGCUCAGCCAUGGCGUCGGCCGCUCUGGGCAGCUCGUCGAGCUCGGCGUCCCCGGCCGUGGCCGAGCUCUGCCAGAACACCCCGGAGACCUUUCUGGAGGCCUCCAAGCUGCUGCUCACCUACGCCGACAACAUCCUGAGAAACCCAAAUGAUGAAAAAUACAGAUCCAUCCGUAUUGGGAACACAGCUUUUUCUACUAGACUCUUGCCUGUCAGAGGAGCUGUUGAAUGUUUAUUUGAAAUGGGCUUUGAAGAGGGAGAAACACAUCUUAUAUUUCCUAAAAAAGCUUCAGUGGAACAGCUGCAGAAAAUCCGUGACCUGAUUGCCAUAGAGAGAAGCAGCAGAUUGAGUAGAUCAAAUAAGAAGGUGGAAUUUUCUCAGCAACCUGCUGUCGUCAGGCCUCCUCCAGAGCAGUCUGAAGAUCCUACUAGGUUAACACAGCACUCAGGAAACCAAGCAGGGCAGCUACCAACUGUGCCUUCUGCUCCGAUGGUUGUUGGUGAUUCAACCAUCUUAAAAGUUCUUCAGUCCAACAUUCAACAUGUGCAGCUCUAUGAAAAUCCUGUCCUUCAGGAGAAAGCAUUGACUUGUAUCCCAGUCAAUGAACUAAAAAGAAAAUCUCAAGAAAAGUUAUUCAGAGCUAGAAAGUUAGAUAAAGGUACUAAUAUAAGCGAUGAGGACUUCCUUCUACUGGAGCUCCUGCACUGGUUUAAAGAGGAGUUUUUUCACUGGGUGAAUAACAUCGUGUGCACCAAAUGUGGUGGAGAAACUAGGUCUAGAGAUGAAGCAUUGCUGCCCAAUGAAGAUGAGCUGAAAUGGGGUGCAAGCAAUGUGGAGGAUCAUUACUGUGAUGCCUGCCAGUUGAGCAAUCGCUUCCCAAGAUAUAACAACCCUGAGAAACUUUUGGAAACAAGAUGUGGACGCUGUGGCGAGUGGGCCAAUUGUUUUACACUGUGCUGCCGUGCAUUAGGGUUUGAAGCUCGCUAUGUGUGGGAUUACUCAGACCAUGUUUGGACGGAAGUCUAUUCUCCAGCUCAGCAGCGGUGGCUGCACUGUGAUGCAUGUGAAGACGUCUGUGACAAACCUCUCCUGUAUGAAAUAGGAUGGGGAAAGAAGCUUUCCUAUAUCAUAGCAUUCUCUAAAGAUGAGGUAGUUGACGUCACCUGGAGAUACUCUUGUAAACAUGAUGAGGUGAUAUCCAGGAGGACCAAGGUUAAAGAAGAGUUGCUUCGAGAAACUAUUAAUAGACUUAAUAAGCAGAGACAGCUGUCAUUGUCAGAGAACAGAAGAAAAGAGCUUCUCCAGAGGAAAAUUGUGGAGCUCGUUGAAUUUAUAUCUCCCAAAACCCCUCAACCCGGACAACUUGGUGGAAGGGUGUCUGGGUCACUGGCUUGGAGAGUGGCCCGAGGUGAGAUGGGUCUAGAGAGAAAAGAAACUCUGUUCAACCCUUCUGAAAAUGAGAAGAUUUCUAAGCAGUUUCAUCUCUGUUAUGAUAUUGUGAAGGACCAUUAUAUCCGAGUCUCAGAUAACAAUGCAAACAUUUCUGGAUGGGAGAAUGGUGUGUGGAAAAUGGAAUCCAUAUUCAGAAAAGUCGAGACAGACUGGAACAUGGUGUAUUUGGCCCGAAAAGAAGGAUCAUCUUUUGCCUAUAUUUCCUGGAAGAUUGAGUGUGGGUCAGCUGGCCUAAAAAUAGAUACCAUCUCCAUCAGAACAAGUAGCCAAACCUUUGAGACUGGAUCAGUGAGUUGGAGACUGCGGUCUGACACAGCUCAGGUCAAACUGCAGGGAGAUAAAAGUCUUCAUUCCUAUAAUGAUUUUUCUGGAGCCACAGAAGUUACAUUGGAAGCAGAGUUAAGCAGAGGAGAUGGAGAUGCUGCUUGGCAACAUACCCAGCUAUUUAGACAAAGUUUAAAUGACUGUGGAGAAAAUGGCUUGGAGAUAAUUAUAAAUUUUAGUGACCUCUGAAAGCCUGAACUUGAGGGCAGAGCUGGCCACAAUCAAGGACCUGCCAUGCCAUGUAUUAGCUCAGUGUGUGUCUACUUGGCAGUUUAGCACCCUACCCAACAGGUUUUUUUUUGCUGGCUACCCAUCAUGUAAUCCUCAUUAAAAUAUAUCUUCAUAGUGUGAACCAUAACAACUUUUCAAUUAAAUACUCACUUUUUCUGUGACUAUAAUUUGGCAUAAGAUAUUUGGCAUAAAAUAACCAUAUGAAAUUAUAAUCUGAGCAGUAGGGUUGUAAAAGAAAAUGAUGGUGUUCAUGAUUAAAUGCUGCUCAUGACUGGGGCUACUAGUUACUUAACAUUUUCUGAUUAGAUUUUCUUAACACUUAAUUUUUAAAAACUAUCAAAGUCAAGUAUCCUUUAGGUUAUAUGAUGCAUGAGGCUGUUAUGAUUGUAAAUAUAUGACGGUUAAAAAAUAAAACAGAUUAUUUUGCUUUA